CAGUCGAACUCGGGCAGCAACGGCAUACGGAAGCAGCUGCGGCGCAGGCGCAAAAACCAACCAGCAACAAAAAAUAUAUAAAAAUCCAUUUAAAGUUUUCAAAGUUACCGAAUGCAACUGAGUUUGAGUGUAAAAUCAACAACAAUUACCAAGCCCAAGAUCUCUGUGUUGUUGUCAACUUCCAGUGAAAUCUCAAAGUGUUUAUUGAAUUUUUUGCGUAUACGUAAUUCGUAAUUUGUGCUGAUUUCGCAACCGUGCCGAAGCGAACAUAAAUAAGCAGAUAAAUUUGUAAAUAAAUAUUACUACAUUUAAUCAACGAGCUGCGCGACAAUUAACAGCUCAUAAACAUUAUCACAAUCAGAAAAUAUAUAUAUACGAAAUCAUAAAAAAUAAACGUACGAGUUUUUUUUAUUUAACAUUUUUUAUAACGCGGCGCUUAACACUUUCAUUUUCAUUGGUCUUUGCUCGGCAUCGUAUCGUGACUUUUCGUUAAGUUCAUCGUCGUCGUCGUCGACGUCUUCGUUGUUGUCGCCUUCGCUUCGUUGAGUUGUGUUAAAUAACAAUAAACAGAAACGAGACCAACUCUAAAAAAACAAAUCCAAAUUUCUAUUGCAAAUGUUUUGUGAUUUGUGCAUUGCAUAAAAUUUGUUGUCAAUCGGAUUAAAAGAAAUGCAUUUAAGUGCAUAUUUCUUGUUGUGCCUAGCACUGGGAGCUGGCAUUCGAGUGCAGGGUCAAGUGAACCAAGAGGACGAUGAGCAGCCGCAGCAUUUGACAAAUGAUGAGUCUUUCUUUCAGCCACAUUUGCACGACGCUCGCCUGGGGCGACAGCUGAUGGAUGACUCCGAGUACGUCGGCUUCUCGGCGAGCAACUCGGCGAGCAACAGCAACAGCAAUGCCAGCGACGAUGAUGACGAUGAGGAUGAUGACGAUGUCGAGGGCUCAAGCGAGUACUAUGACAGUGAUGAGGAGCAAAGUGAGGGCAACAGCGAUGCAAGCAGCAAUGAAUCGUUGCCUCGCCUGCUCUCGCCAUCGACCUUCCAUCGCAUCUCAGAGACACUGGGCGCACUCAACACUGUGGGACACAUGCUGGUGGACAUGACGCGUGGCGGACAAGAAUCUAAGACAGAUAACUCCACUGGCAAUAACAGUAGCAGCAGCAGCAGCGCUGAAGGCAGUUCGACUUCCAGUUCAAUUGCUGAGUUGAGCACAACAACAACUUCGUUGCCUUUGGGCAAGUCGGAGCCGUUGCCUGGCAUUUCGGGCAAGAUUCUGGAUACGACAACAACACUGUCUGCCAACAGUUUGCUGCCCGCUGGCAAGCCAGCAAAUCUUAGUGCAAUUCAGGUGGCCACAAAACGCAUUGGACAACAGGAGACGCCGGCGAAGCCAAUGUUUGUGGAGAAUAAGGACACCAAGCAGAAGAAGAAGCGCAAGAAGAACAAGAACAAGCAGAAGGUGAAAAAGCCCAGCGAAGAGUUAACAACUGCACAAUCGCAAACCCAAAUUCAAUCACUGCAAAAGAUCAAAAUACCAACCACACCACGCACCACAACCUCAACUACAAUCUCCGCCAUCAGCAGUACAAAUAGCAUCCUCAGCUCAACCACUUUACGUCCACUGGAUCAACUGGCGUUGGCCAGCGAUGACCAAGGCACUGCUAAGGAUGUGGAGAACUACUGCAAGACGCCGAGCGGUCGUCCAGGUCGCUGUGAGGAUCUCAGCAGCUGUCCAGCGUUACUUCUCAAUCUAAGCAGCUUGCGUGAGUCGCUCUGCUUCAAAAGCCUUUUUGUGCCCGGCGUCUGUUGUCCGCUUUCGUCUUCGGCCACCUCCGAAAGCUCCCCAGUGCUGACCACACAGCGACCUCUGAGGUUGACCACCAAGCCACCCGUGAGCACCACUACAGUGGCCACCACCACCAGACGCACCACAACGCGUGCCACAGCGCGACCCACUACAAGACCCACAGCUGGUCUAGUGCUCAUACCACAAAAGAAGCCGCCCACAACUACGACAACCACAACAACGGAGGUGCCACUGGAGCCUGAGGAUCUGGAUGAGAUUGCCAACAAUAUUGUCGAUCCGGAUGAGUGCGGACAGCAAGAGUAUUCAACGGGUCGCAUUGUUGGCGGCGUCGAGGCGCCCAAUGGCCAGUGGCCCUGGAUGGCGGCCAUCUUUUUGCACGGUCCGAAGCGUACGGAAUUCUGGUGUGGCGGCUCCUUGAUUGGCACUAAAUACAUUCUGACAGCGGCGCAUUGCACGCGGGACUCCAGACAAAAGCCAUUUGCGGCACGUCAGUUUACUGUGCGUCUGGGCGACAUUGAUCUUUCGACGGAUGCCGAACCCUCCGAUCCCGUCACUUUCGCUGUCAAAGAAGUCCGCACACAUGAAAGAUUCUCGCGCAUUGGCUUCUAUAAUGAUAUUGCAAUACUUGUGCUCGAUAAACCUGUGCGCAAGUCGAAGUAUGUGAUACCAGUUUGUUUGCCGCGAGCUGGACGCAUGCCACCAAAGGAUCGACUGCCCGGACGUCGUGCCACAGUCGUGGGCUGGGGCACCACCUACUACGGUGGCAAAGAGUCGACCAGUCAGCGACAGGCUGAGCUUCCCAUCUGGCGUAAUGAGGACUGCGAUCGCAGCUACUUCCAGCCGAUCAAUGAGAACUUUAUCUGUGCCGGCUAUUCGGAUGGCGGUGUCGAUGCUUGUCAGGGCGACUCUGGUGGCCCCCUGAUGAUGCGCUACGAUUCGCACUGGGUGCAACUGGGCGUGGUGUCCUUUGGCAACAAGUGCGGCGAGCCUGGCUAUCCUGGUGUCUACACUCGCGUCACCGAGUAUCUGGAUUGGAUACGUGAUCAUACGCGAGAUUAAGUUUUUACUAACUGUAGCUAGGUUUAUUUACGCGCUAGUCUAUAUACGUUUAAUGAUCUUUAUCUCUCUCUCUCUCUCUAUCUCGCUUGAUCUAUCUAUUUAACUCGCUGUCGCUGUUUAUAUUUAUUAAUCCUCCAACAAAUUGUAAAACCAAUUGUUUACCAUAUUAGUUGUGUAUAGCAUUUUUGUGUAAAUUAUUUAAUCGUAAAUUAAAAAAAUAAAACACCUGUGUAAAAUUCAAU